UCCCCUUCCACAAGUUGGGAAAAUCCCCCCAAAACCCCAACCCAAUUCCAUCAAUCGGCCGCUGCUUCGGCCGCCCCACCUCCGCGUGAAGAUGGCUAAUCGACGCAGCGGCGGCGGCGGCGGAGGAGGCCGCGACGGAGGGAGAGACUCGGGAGAGAUGAAGCGCGGCGGAGGCGGCAGGAACCGGGGCCGCGGCGGCGGCCAAGCGGCUCCCCCCGCCGGCGGGAGAGGCUUCCGCGAUGAGGUUGAUGAGCCCCGCGGAGGCGGCUUGGCUCCCGUCGGAGACCAGAACCUCGGAGGAGGCGCAUCUCGCGGCUUCGGCCAGUACCUCGGCAGAGGCGGCGCGGACCGCGACCGAGGUGCUAGCUCGUACGCACGCGGCGGGGAUCACGGCAGGGUCUACAGCGCUUACGGAAGGUACCAGAGACCCCUCGGAGGCGAUGGGGAUCCAAGCGGAAGCUCGGGAAGAGGAGGGCGUGGUUCGGGUGCCGCAACCAAUGGACCUCGGGACCCGUACCACCACGGGGGACAGCAGGGUCGCGGCGCGGGCGGCGGAGAUCACGGCGCGGGCGGCGGGCCUUACGGAGGAUAUCAGGGCCGCGGCGGACGGGAGGAGUAUUAUCCAAGUAGAAGUCACGGAGCAGGGCAAGAAGAGCGGCGUCGCGGCAACUACCCCCAGCAGUACGCCGCGACACCGUCGGCGAAGAGGCUCCCCUCCAAUCCUGGUGUCAGAAUAUUUGGCCCCAGUGAAGAGGUACAAGUCAAACUUUGGGUGAACCACUUUGGCAUCAAGUUUGGGGAAUCAACUAUCUUUCACUACGGUGUCAAGCUCGAGGAAGUUUCUCCAGAGGCAUCAGGAGGCUUGGAGCUCUCCAAGGCAGAUCAGGAUUUUGCAAGUGCUCAAUUCUUGAAGAUGCUUCCGCAGACUUCAGAACCAUUAGCUGUUGCUUCUGAUGGCAAGGGCCAUCUGUACACCUUUGCCAAACUGCCAGAAGGUUUAUCCCUCCCUGUGUCAGUUCGGUCACGAACCUACAAUGUCUCAGUAGAGUUCAAGGAGAAGCUGGUGCUACCCUCUGAUAAGCCUGUGGGUAGGAAUGUCUUGCAGGCUCUUGAUGUCAUAGUGCGUCAGGCCUCUAGCUUCGAAAAGAUUAUCAUUGGGCAGACAUUAUAUUCACCAUGGUGGUUAGUGCCUGAGGCCCCCAAUCAUGCUGAUGCUCUUGUCCAAACUCUAGGGGGAACCAAGCAGACUCUAAAACCCACCAAGCAAGGGCUGGUCUUAUGUGUGGACUAUUCAGCUAUGGACUUCUGCAAACCUAAAAGCAGUGUUCUGGAUCUUGUUGAGCACUUGCUGAAGCGCGUUGGCAGAAGGGAACCCCUUAAAGGCCGUAGUAGUGCACCUCUAAACGAGAAAGAGCGGAAAUAUUUGGAGGAUCAGCUCAGAGGCCUUUGCAUUACCGUGAGUUACCAGAAGAAGUCCUCUGAAGGAAAAAGGGAUGCCCCGACAGUUCGGAAGUACAAGGUUCAAGGCUUGACGCCUCAAUGUGCUGAACAGAUAACCUUCAAGGAGUUCAAAGUAAAUAAGGUUUGGAACCUUGUUGAGUAUUAUCGUCAGCAGUACGGGGAGAACAUUCAGUAUAAGAUGUUUCCAUGCUUGGCUUUGAGCAAGAGACCGGACAAGCCAAACCAUGUCCCGAUUGAGCUUUGUAAGCUUCAUAGAUGUCAGAAGUAUCCCAAGGAUUCCAAGCAGGAACCGAGAAGGCCACCCGAGUCAAAAUAUCGGAAACUUUGGAUUGAGCAACUGGUUAAUGAUGGAUUUGAUGGGCCUUGCAGAGGAGACAGAGGCAAGCAUUUCAAGAUUUCAUUGGAUGAACAGAUGACAGAAGUGAGCGGCAAGAUCCUUCUUCCCCCAGUGCUAAAACUGGGUGACUCUAAAGAAUUGAGUAUUCGUCUCGCUAACCGCCAGUGGAACCUCCAGAAUCACAAAAUAUUUGAAGGCCAGUCUCUCAAGUGCUGGGGCGUGCUCGAUUUCAGUGGACAGGAGCCUCAUUUCCGGGACGCCUUUAUUGCAAAGAUUGUCAGCAAGUGCAAUAAUCUCGGUAUUGCAAUGUCCCAUGAGCCAAGCCUUGUGCACAAGUCAGAAACCUUGGUGCUAUUCGAUGCAGACAAACUACGUAGGGAACUUAACAAAGCGAAGGAGGCUGCCGAGGAGAAGAGGCAGAAGCUGCAGCUCCUCUUCUGCCCAAUGUCUGACCAGCACCCCGGGUACAAGACGCUGAAGCUGAUCUGCGAGAUAGAGCUGGGGAUCCAAACCCAGUGUCUCUUGACCCGCCUGGCGAACAAAGAAGGCAAUAGCCAGGACCAGUACUUGUCCAACCUUGCUCUCAAGAUCAACAGCAAGCUCGGAGGAAGCAACAUGCAGCUAUCUGACGAGCUUCCGAACGUGACUGGCACACGUUUCAUGUUCAUCGGCGCAGACGUGAACCACCCGCCUCCAGGAGACACGGUGAGUCCCUCGAUAGCAGCUGUUGUGGCGUCCAUGGAUUGCCCUGGCGCCAGCCAGUACGUGCCGAGAAUCUGUACCCAAAAGCACCGCCAGGAGAAGAUCGGCAACCUUGGUACCAUGUGUAAGGAGCUCAUCGAAGUUUACAAGAAGAGGAACGGCGGCGUCAAGCCAGCAAAGAUCAUAUACUUCCGCGACGGCGUGAGCGACGAGCUGUUCGAUAUGGUCCGCAAGGAGGAACUAGUGUCCAUGAAGAAGGGUAUCUGCGAGGACGACUACUCGCCGACGAUCACAGUGAUCGUGGCCAAGAAGCGACACAGCACGCGGCUCUUCCCCAAGGACGAAAACGAGCUGCAGACGCCCAACGGCAACGUGCUCCCUGGCACGGUCGUCGACACCAUCGUGGUCGACCAGUCGGAGGAGGAUUUCUUCCUCUGCAGCCACGACGGGCUGCACGGGACGAGCCGGCCGACACACUACUACAUGCUGGAGAACGAGCACGGCUUCGAGGCCGUGGACAUGCAGAAGCUGGUGUACAGCAUGUGCUUCGUGUUCGCGCGGUGCACCAAGCCGGUGUCGCUGACGGCGCCCAUCAAGUACGCUGACAUCGUGGCCUACCGCGGCAGGGACUACUACGACAGCAGGAUGGACUCCAUGCAGCUCCAGGCCCAGCUCCAGGCCGUCGAGUUCCCGGAGCUGCGCGUGCACCCGGAUCUCAGGGACAAGAUGUUCUUCAUCUGACGCCGCCUGCUUUUUCAGGGUGCUCCAGAGCACGUUCUGCUUCUUGUGUGCGCGUUCUUGCUGCUGCUUUGCUGUGUUGUGUACAUGCCCGUCAAAUUGGCUCUUACGGCUUUGCUGCGUUCUGUACAUGCUCGCCGAAUUGACUCUUACAGCUUUACUGUCUUCUGUACAUGCUCGUCGAAUUGGCUUGUUACAAACUCGUUAUUGUACAUACAUUCUGUUACUGGA